UCAUUAUUACCAAAGAAAACAAACACCCCGCCAGCCAGUAUGGUCUCCUAUGGACAAGGUGAAGGAGCGACUAAUGUGUGAGGGAGCUACGAGGCGUUGUGUGUGGUGCGUUGCGGCUCGCUAGCUCAGGCCCACCUGAACGCGUUUUUGUCUUUAGGGGCUCGGGUCAAAGUGCGUUCGGAUUUCGCCGUUGUAACCCUGCGUUCUUCGUCAAAGUGCGCCAGCGAGUUUACGGCGGAGUGGGGGCAGGUGCUUCCGAGGAACCUUACGUGAAGUGCCACCGCUGCCCCCUUCCCCCUUCCCUUCCCCCCUCCUCUCCCACCCCCAACAAUGCCGGGGUCAUCCCUCCGCACACUCACAUAGCGUCUCGGGCCAGUGGACAUAAGAGCGACAGUCCCGUGGUAGCAACUUGCGCACGAGCACUUACGAACACCCAGGCCAAAAUAUUCGUAAAAGCUUCAAGGGCCCUCAGUAAAUCAGUUCGGGUCAAGCGGUGUCGGACAGUGCCUAGUGACCAGUGUCACCUUGAUUAGUGCCAUCUUAACGCCUUUGAUUGUUGAAAAAAAAUAUCUGGUGCCGUUCAAUGAGUCCACUUUAAUCGAGGACCAAAUGAUAUAAUGAUAGCGAGUGAGAUAACACAUAACGGUUACACGCCCAAGGGGGGACGCCCACGACCUCUUCUGCUACGCUAGCUGCCACGCCUUCACGCCCACUCCGGCGAUGAAAAACUUGUUUGUGAUUCUUUAAGGAAACAAUACACAUACAAAAAAAUAUAACAAACGAAGAGAGAGAGAAAACAUAAAUUGGAAUGUGAUUUUGUUAUUAUAUUUGUGUGAAUAUUGGAAAAAUCUCUGAAUUGAUAUUCUUCUUUGAAAAAUUAAGAGGUAAAUAUACAUAUAUAUAUAAAGAGAGAGAUAGAAACAUCCCUUACUUAUCAACAAACACCUAUCAUAACCAGUUCAGCUUUCAUGUGCGUGCAACAGUAUAAUGACCGGAACUCCUGUAGAAAAAACAGAGCCGAGGGACCGUUGACCAGACACAGGCUCUGAGCGUUUGGCUCCUCCGCCGCCUCACGCUGCUAGUGCUUACGAGAACCUCAUGUCACGCUGCUAGUACGUGCAGGAGAGGCCAAGUAUGGAGGAGGAGGCGGCAGGGUGGUACGGCGAGGGGGACCACCGAGCCCCUUCGGGACUCACCGAGAGCUCAGGGCCCCGUCAGGAGGAGGAACAUGCCCAUGAUACUCACCUGGACGCCCAUGCCCACGCCCAUGCCUCCUUGGAAGCAUCUAGUCACACCGGCCCCACACCGAUGGACGCCGAGUCGCAGAUCCCGCUGACGUCGAGCGUCGCCAGCCAGCACUCAGGGGGGGCCCAACAGGGGGCUUUGCUCCCGCCGGAGGAAGUGGACGGUUUCUUCACGUCCCUCGACUCACUGGGGCGAGACAGGUCGCGGUACUACGCCCACACCCACAACCCCAGCCACGCCCAUUCGCUACAACAGUACUCUUCACACAGUACACAUGGCCGGAUGGGAGGCAGUCCGGUGCGGCCGCACUACCCGACGCCCCUGCACGCGGCCUGGUUCCCCGAGCACUCCAGGGGCAUGGCCGUCUCCCACAGCCCCUCGGCCUCGUGGGUGCCCCCUCUUAGCUCACGGCCGCCGCCCUCCACGUCGCUCCACCACAGCCAUCUCUUCACAUUCCCGCCCACGCCGCCCAAAGAUGCCACUCCCGACACCAUAGGUAUGGGCGCCGCCGCUCACGACUACAGCGUGGCCACCUCCACAGGGAGCCACCACAGCCACCAGCCCGCCCUCGACGCGGCCAUGGCGGAGCUCAAGUCUCCGCCGCCGCUCCUGCCCGUCCACGCUUCGUCCAUGGGCGUGAUGGGCGCCUCCAAGCGCGAAGGUAGCGACGAGUACCCCUUAUCCUCAGACCCCCUACACAUAUCCGGCCAACAUCCCUCCCUUAUCCAGAACCCGCAACCCCCCGAGGUGCUCCAUCCGGAGUCCUACUCCGUUGGGGCGUACGACACUUACCUCCCCGCCCACGAGGAUGCUUACUACCCCACCCCCCCGGACCCCACCCCUCCUGGACGAGCACCCUCCAACUCUGUCUCCAAGAACAAAGCCAAAGCUAAGGCCAGUGCCGAGGGGCGCGAGUGCGUGAACUGCGGCGCCACGUCCACUCCGCUGUGGCGGCGCGACGGCAACGGCCACUACCUGUGCAACGCCUGCGGCCUCUACUACAAGAUGAACGGCCAGAACCGGCCGCUCAUCAAGCCCAAGCAGCGCAUGUCUGCACAGCGGCGGGCAGGGACCAACUGCGCCAACUGCAAGACGACCACAACGACGCUCUGGCGACGUAACCAGAAUGGAGAACCAGUAUGUAACGCCUGCGGACUCUACUACAAACUGCAUAAUGUGAAUCGACCGCUCACCAUGAAGAAGGAGGGCAUCCAGACGCGGAACCGCAAGCUCAGUUCCAAGUCGAAGAAGAAGAAGGGCAUGCUGGGCUUCCCCGACAUGCUGAAGCCUCUGGACAAGGGCGGCUUCGGCGGCUUCGGCACCGGCGGCUCCGGCUUCGGCUCCAUGUCCCACUACAUGUACGGCGGCCAGAUGCACGGCUCCUCCAUGGCGGGCGGCUUCAUGUCGGCGCCGCCCAUGCACGGGAUGUCCGCCAUGUCGGGCGUGGGGCUCGGCCUCUCCUCCACCUCCCAGAUCCAGAUCCCUUCUAGCUUAAGCCUUCAGCCUCCUGUGAAUGGAUGGCGCUCGGACUACGCAUGACCUGACUUGCUCCCAGUGACCUGAUUAUGUCUCGAAAAUGAUGUCACAAAUAUCGAAAUGGCACCACUAAUGUCUGAGUGCCUUUGUAACUCAUGGCAUUAACACGGCAGUUUCUCCUACGGCUGAAUCAUGAUUUCGGUUCAGAUGAACGGAAAUUUAUACAUUUGGGAGUUGCGUUUUUCUGUGGCAAUGUUCAUGUUUAAUCGUGAUUUUGAGUCUCUAUAUUUUUGGAGAUGAUUUACAGUCAUAAUAUGAUACAAUUUAGAUGACAUAGACGCAACCCAUGUUUGUAAUAUGUAAGACUUGUAAUCCAAUGCUCUUAAUGACACAAAGAACACUUUAAAAUGAAUUAGUAAACUUAGAAAAGUUCCGAUAUUCACAAGAAAUGAGCUCAUGUUACCUGGUAACAAAGAAUUAUAGACAACCAGGAAGCGUUAUCAUAAAGCACUCUAAUUAUUUUGUGAAGAAUAACAAUCUCAUCAAGAGAUAUUGUAACACUGUUAUUGUUAUCACUAUUAUGCAAUACCGGCAUUUUAGCAUUUGGUUUAUUAUACAUUAAAAUUCAGUGUGCCUGUACCCCGCGUAACACAGUAUGUUUCUGGCACAGUAUCCACCCAGGGUGAAAGAGGACCAGUCUUUUGCAUUUACUUAAUUUUUUAUUAUUAUUUUUUUAAUCAAUGAUCUUAUCAACCUAAUAUUACCCACACAAUUGGGGAGUAUAAGUAUGGUAGAAUUCAUUCUUAUAAAACACGCAGACACACACACACACACAUAUAUAUAUAUGUAUACAUAUAUGUGUGGAUAUAUAUAAUGCAUACAUAUAUUAUACAUUAUGUAUAUUAUAAUAUAUAUUAUAUACCAUGCACACACACACACGUGUGUGUAUUAGCAUAUACUUAUAUGCAUGUU